AAUCCUUCGCCGCUUGUGGACACCUAUACACAUUUUCUCCAAUCCUUGAUUGAUACUCCUCGGAUUUCCCCUUUACCGUAAGAGAGGCGAACAACCCAUCAGAUUUUUCUCCCACCAUUGUGUAUUUCCUUGUUUUAGGGGGAAGGGACUACAUAUACUCCUGCUUCCCAUCAACCUUGUGGACCAUCUUCUCUUCUUCUAUAUAUCUAUUUCUCCCUACAUUCAUACCCUUUCUUCCCCAGAUCGAGCGCCUCUAAUUCCUCUUCUUCCCUGAGUACAUAGCUAUAUUCUUAGCUAGCUCUCAUUAAUCAUACACAAUGUUCAAGUCACCAGCCGCUCGUCAAGCCGUCAAGGCUCUCAGCAUUAACACACGCCCUGCCGCGGUAACAGCAGCAUCACGGCCAGCGAUGGUUAAUACUUUCUUCCGAGGUCUCUCAUCGACAGCUCCCCGUGCAAACGAUGAGAAGUCGAAGGCAGCAAAGGACCCCAUCUUGGCCGCCACUAACAAAGCCCCCGAGGGUGCCUUGGACACGGAGGGGCGUUUCGCCCGUGUCGAUGAGAGUUUGCAGAUCGAAUACCCCGAUGAUGAGAACAUGCCUCGCAGUCCUAUCGUUCAGGGCCGCGGAGGAAUGCACUUCAAGCGUACCCUGGCUCAAUUUUCCCUAGAGAACAAGGUCACCCUGGUUACCGGAGGUGCCCGUGGUCUCGGGUUGGUCAUGGCUCAGGCGAUCGUUGCAUCGGGAUCGGACCUUGCCAUUGUCGAUCUUAACAAGGCGGAAGCUGAGGAGCAAGCCCAGAAAUUGGUUGAGCAGUUCAGGAAGGAGAACCCCGGCUUGGAACAAAUGCCUAACGUCACCGCCCACUACGCUGAUGUUUCCGACCCUAACUCCGUCAACGAGGCUCUUUCCGAUAUCAUCUCCAAGCACGGCAAGAUUGACAACCUGGUCACCUCCGCCGGAUUCACCGAAAACUUCGAUGCCAUCUCCUAUCCUCAUGACCGUCUACAAAAGCUUUGGGGCGUUAACGUUGAUGGAACAUACCUUUUUGCGACCGGGGUUGCCAAGCACCUCAUGGAGCGCAAGGUUCCGGGCAGCAUUGUCAUGAUUGGUAGCAUGUCUGGUGCUAUCGUCAACGUGCCCCAGCCUCAGGCUCCUUACAACGCCGCCAAGGCCGCUGUGCGUCAACUUGCCGCAUCCUUUGCCGUCGAAUGGGCCGGCCACGACAUUCGUGUGAACUGCAUCAGCCCUGGAUACAUGCUUACUGCUCUGACCCGCAAGAUUUUGGAUGAGAACCCCGAAUUGCGGGACAAGUGGAUCUCCCUCAUCCCCACCGGCAAGAUGGGUACUCCCGAGGACCUGAUGGGUCCCGUUACCUUCCUGCUCAGUGACGCCUCCAAGUACAUGACCGGUGCUGAUAUCCGCGUUGAUGGUGGCUACACCCUCACCUAGAUAACCCGAAAAGGGUUGUACUUGUUUGUUUCUGAUCUUAUUUAUCUAAUAUGGGCAUGAUGUAUGGGACUGUUUUUGGAUUCGUUAUAGACCGGUUUGCUUGAUUCUUGGGGGGUAACUCGGGCUUUGCUUGCUUGCUUCCAUUCUCUCUCGAUGUGAUCUCUGACGACCCAUCGGGCUGCAUUACGACGACUAUUUUUGUUCUGAAGAAGCAUGUUGUUUUCCGGAGAAUGUGUUUUGUUCUAAAAAGCGGGAAAGGUUGUAUUUUUUGCUAUGGAGUACCCAAAAUCGCGGUCGGACUUUGGUUUUGCAUGAUAGACUUGUUUUUCUUUUCCUUUUUCUUUUCUUUUUUUUUUUUUUGGAAGCA